GCUUGAAUGGAGAUUUUUGGUCCCAGCUAGACGAGACGAAACGUAUGGCCGCAGCAAGCCUGGAAACGGCCGUGUGACCAUUAAAGAAACAAGGAAAAACAUAGUAUGUGACAUAACAUAGGACUGAUGAAUUCGAUACUAAGGUCAACAAACAAAUAAAGAAGGAACGCAACUCUGCCAAGUGCUGCAACAGCUAGCUAUGGCUACAAACGAUCGACCAUAAAUCGAUCUCUGGGUCUCACAUAAAUAUGUAACCGGCCCCUUAUUGCUCCCCUCCGGCCCUCCCCUCGUCAACCUUAGCCUUUCAGAUACAAAACGCACACCUCAAGAUCCAGCAAGCAAGUAAGAAACCAAAUUCAACAUGGAUCAUGAGGAAUUGGAGGAGGAGGAGGAGGCCAAGAAGAAGAUGAAGAAGAAGAAGAUGGGGAGCAAGAGCAAGAAGCAUCCAAGGCUCCACGGGCCGUUCCUCCACUUCUCCAAGGCCUUCAAGAAGCUCCAGUACUCAGGCCAUGGCCGUUCAAGCGCUGCCAACGGCGACGAUGACCCAGACCCAUCCGCCCCCGCCGCCAUCGCUAGCAGGAGCAGCUCGCUCCUCUCCGCGUGCAUGCACCCGCGGACGCUCUCCUUCUCCUCUAGCGGCGGCGGCCGCCAGCGCCAGGUGGCCGUCCACCACCGCGGCGACGAGGACGACGACGACGACGGCGGCGGCUCUCUCGCCGUCAACUUCCGCUCGCUCCGGAUUGAGUCAACUACCGCCGUCGUUGGCAACGGCUCUUCGUCGUCGUCGGCGCAGGCGCAGGAGGAGGAGGAGGACUGCGGAGGUGGGCCCGAGAGCGGUGGCAAGGCGGCGGUGGGCGGGGGCGUGGCGGUGGUGACGUUCUCCGUGGCGCCGUACGAGGACUUCCGGCGGUCGAUGCGGGAGAUGGUGGACGCGAGGCAGCGGGGGGUGCUCGCCGCCGGGGCAUCGGUGGACUGGGACUUGAUGGAGGAGCUGCUCUUCUGCUACCUCCAGCUCAACGACCGGGCCGUGCACAAGGACAUCCUCCGGGCCUUCACCGACACGGUGGCCGCGCUCCGGCGGCGGCGGAGGAAGCCCAGGAAGAGCAGCAGGCGGACACGGGUCAGGGCCGGCCCACAAGCCACGGGAGACGGCGUCGUCCAGGAUCAACCGGCGGGCUCGUCGUGACCGAUGGAUCUUCCUUUCAGGACGUUUUGGGAAUUUUGACUCCAGGUCAGGUCGGAAUCGAUUGAUGCAUGAUCACUACGUUGGUCGAUCGCGUGGCUCAAGUAAUAACCGGUAUAAAGGUGUUAAUUUCGUCACGGACUAUAUUUAGUUUGGACAUUUGUCUC